UCGCUCGUUCUACAUACGUAUCUACUUAAUACAGAGGUUAAUAAAUCCUAUUUGGAGAGGUUUUAAAUUUGGCUAUAAAACUUCAGUCGAUUCGAUGAAUUUGUUUGGAUUGUUCAAUGGUUAGCCAGCCUACAUAUAUCGCCGAUUUCAAGAACUCGUUAUUUUUCCUAUAUUUUCGAGGUCAAACUUCUUCAACUACUAGCGAAGAAUUUUCUAAAACACCAAAAAAAGUUGCAGUUCGACAGAGGAAAAUCUAUUGUUUUAGUAGUCCAAACCCUUUAAAAAUCGAAAGGAGUAGCAUCAGGACUUGUCGCAGGUGUCUGGGAAUUAGGAAUGAUUGAGAUCCCUAGCAUUUCUUUUAACUCGGCUGCAUGCUGGAUCGUUUUCCGAGAGAUUUUAGAUAGAAAGUUAUUUUAUAUGUGAACUUUGAUCCUAUUUGAGACUUUUCUCAAAGCUUAAUCUUAAUAACCCGUCCCACAUUUAGUUGACAUAUUUUAACAACUUUUCCAAUUUGAUUUUGGGACGGAGGAACUUCUCGGGUUUACAGGGCGUCGAUUUUUCGAAAAAUGGUACGCGAAACUUUUUUGGGGGCUACAACUUUAUUGGGGAUUGCAGCCCCGCUAAUUCUAGUUCCAACGGCAUUAGUUGCACUAGAUAUUUACUGCUGAAUGCGCAAUACUAUAUCCGGAUUAUAUGUAACAACUAGUCCAUGCUUUUCGUUUGUGACAAUCUUCGUUCGGAAAAAUACUUUAUGAGACGGUCGAUUUCGUAUGCCAGUUUCCUGUGCAUUUUCUCACCCAUAUUUGUCAACCAAGUGUUUUAUGUACACCAAAUGACAUUUCGGAAAUAAAAUUACAUUAUUAUAAAGAUCCCCGCGAACGCUUAAUUUGGUCAGUUUUUAGACCUUUCCAAACAGGAUCUGUAACCCUGUAAUACUCGCACUUGGUGGAGACAUACAUUUCGCAACUAAAGACAAGGGAGGAACCUUCUCCAAUUAAUUCGCGAGCUUGCCGCAUUGUCAUUUCUAACGGCCACGAGGCUACGUAUGCCCGUUCAUUCAAUUCCGGUUGAAGUUGAAAUUACUUAACACCAACCUCCCGCCCCGUGAUAUCACUGCAAGUUUUUUAUACACAUUUUUAUUGUUGACUUAUUAGUUCGUGCGACACUAAUUUCUCGUCAGUCCUAAAACCACGCUUGGCGGAUUAACCCCUACACAUAAACCUUGUCGGCGAGGGAGUAGAAAAGAGCAGAAAUUUUUACGUGAUCGUCGCGCAGCGACGGUGUAGAAGGAUAUAAGAACCUGUUCGGAUUGAAAACUUUGACAAAGAUUGAGAAAAGAUUGACAAAUCGUUGCUAUGGACAACCCUCAGAUGUUGCUCACCAUCAAGAAAGUCGGGAAUGACGCCUUUAAAGAUAAAGAUUACCACAAGGCUAUCGCCAUCUAUACCAAAGGAUUGUCAAUCGAACCAACAAACACCGACCUCUUAUCAAACCGUGCCGCAGCUUAUCUCAACUUCGGACUUUACUCGAAAGCCUUGCUUGACACUGAAACUGUCCUCUCGUCCAAUCCCCGUCACAAAAAAUGUCUCUACCGCAAAGUUAAAGCAUUGUGGGGACUCUGCCGAUACGUGGAAGCACAAAACUUUAUCAAACAAUUCAAUAUUAAGAAUUUGUCCGACAAAGCAGACACGCUCGUUACCCAGAGUCAAGGAAACUUUAAAAUUUCUGAAAUCAAAAAACUUCCAAACCAAGCGCGCCUCGACCUUGCAAACUAUCGCGGUCCUAUCGAAAUUUCUCCCGUGGAGGGAAAAGGACGUGGCAUUCUGGCCACGGAUUGCAUUCCCGUCGGAACUUUGAUACUUGUGGAGAAAGCGUUUUGCAUCGUAUUUGAUGAGGACGUCGACCUCUGUAAGAAACAUCAUUUAACUGGAAAGCAUCAAGAUGACUGGUCGGACGAGGAUACUUUGGUGAUACGUACUGCUGCAAUGCUGAAAAUUGACGAAUCACUUAAAGAACAAAUUUUCGACUUAUAUUCUGGCCCUGAUUCGCUAGAGAAUAUGACUGAUAAUGAUUUGAUGAAGACGAAAAGUAUUGUAGGACUCAAUUUUUUCAGUUGCAGUGCUGAUGAAUCCAUUGUUACUGCUGGAAAACCAAAUAAUGCUGGAUUAUGGGUUUUACCCUCAUACCUUAACCAUAGCUGUCCAAUGAUAUCGUGCCUAUGUUACAUGUUAAAGGGGGAGUGGGCGGAGGGGCCUUGAAAAUCGCGAUUUUUGCUCUACGUAAUUUAUGAGCGGCCCCUAAUGAGUUAUUCAACGCAAAGAUAAGUGUCACGUGAUUCCUAAUUUUUUACUCGAUUUUUUAAUAAAAUCGAUAUACAUAAAAUCCCGCUGUAGCUUGAAGCAAGGUUACAUUAUGAGUUUUAUUAAACUUGAAGAAAUUUGGUUUUUGCAGACUUCUCUUCGAUGGAGUAAAAUGUUAUCAAUCAAGUGAAUGAUGUUACGAUCUUGCCGCCACCCUUUUAUGAUUGAAGCCCUAUUCCCGUCAGAGACCAAGCCUUGCGAGUCGUUAAAAGUCUUGGCACCUUUUGUCGGCUGAUACGAUGCGAUGUGGCAGGGCGACAGGCACGUAAUGGAGCUACUACCUCCUCCCAUGGGGCAUUUGGAAGAUGAGAAGAAUCAUUUGACUCAGGCAUCACCCAGCACUAUUGCACGUUUUAAGGGAAAACUAUUGUCCAGGUUUCCAAAUUUGAUGACGCAAUGUGAAGAUCAUAUCUCUUCGUUUGAUAGAUUUCGGCAAAAUAUGGAUUUGCAAGAUGUCUAUGAUUCUGACUCAUAAUUUACGAUAUAAAAUUGAAAAUGUUCUUAACAAUUUUAUGAAUUUUGGGUUUGCUGAUAAUUUUUAAUUUAUUCAAAAAUUUGGGUAAGAAGACGGCAUUUUCAGAACUAUAUUUAAAUUCAAAUUCAGAUUUGUAAAAUCAUAUAUAUUUAUUGAAGUGUACAUAAUUACGAUUAAUUAAAAGAUAUCGCUGUGAUUAAUUGGAAUUUUUGAUAGAAUUUUUUUAAUUUGUAGAGAAUACAUAUGCCAAUUAUUUAUAUAGUUGUCGGAAACAUGUUCGUAAUA